AUGGUCACUCUGACUGGCUCUCCAUUUUGUUUUCCACGACAUAGCAAUUUGUAGUACAACAAAUUUUUUUUUUCUACCAAUUACCGGAGCGAUUUUGUAAAUUUAAGUGUUUUAAAGUCACCUUAGGAUCAUGGGACGCAAGAAGAAGAAGGCCUCCAAACCCUGGUGCUGGUACUGCAACCGUGAGUUCGAUGACGAAAAGAUCCUUGUGCAGCACCAGAAGGCCAAGCACUUCAAAUGCCACAUCUGCCACAAGAAGUUAUACACCGGACCCGGACUAUCCAUUCACUGCAUGCAGGUGCACAAGGAGACGGUGGAUAAGGUCCCCAACUCGCUGCCCAAUCGCUCAAAUAUUGAAGUCGAAAUCUUCGGCAUGGACGGCAUUCCCGCCGAGGAUCUCAGGGAUCACGAACGCCAGAAGAAUGGGGGAAAGUCUGAUUCGGACGAUGAUGAACCGGUGGCCAAAAAGAAAGUGGAAUAUGCCAUGAGUGUACCGCCGCCUAUGAUGAUGCCCCCAAACAUGAUGCCACCUCACAUGCUGGGGCAGUACGGCAUGGGCAUGAUGCAGCAUAUGCCGCCGCUGCCUCCGUAUCCAGUGUCCAUGAUGCCGCACAUGAUGCCUCCGCGUCCUCUGUUUCCAGCCGCCAUGGCCACAACAUCGGCGGCAGCUGCUGCGGCGGCGGCACAUCAUCACCACGCCGCCGCCAUGGCUCAACAAAAGCCAACAUUUCCAGCGUACAGUAAUGCUACCAUAAGUGCUCCGCCUACUACCAAUCAUGCUGGUGGCGCAUCCAGCGCACCACCAAGUGGUCUGCCCGAUGCUCAGCAACACCAGCAGCGACCUCCAGCUCCACCGGCGGCAAGCGGAACAUCCGCUGCUGCUGUGACCACAAAGAUAAUGCAUCCACAGGAGGACCUGAGCUUGGAAGAAUUGCGCGCGCGCCAACCGAAAAUACAAGCACGGUUGGCGGCCGCUUUGGCUUCACUGGCGAAUCCACAAAGUCGCAAGAGUCCCAGCAACAAUGGUGGCGCUUCCACGUCGAUUCCCACCACUCCGCCGCCCCCGUCGCUGGCCGGGAUCUCGCCAACGGGUAGCAAUAGCAGCAGUGGCAUGGCUAACUCGAUUGCCGUCUCCGCAGCCAUGUCGAAGGCCCAGGAAAACGCCGCUCUAGUAGCCGUGGCACAGGCCCAGGCGCAGGCACACGCACACGCACAUGCUGCCCAGGUGCAGGCCCAAGCUCAAGCCCAGGCCGUGGUCCAAGCUCAGGUGCAAGCCGCCCAUGUGGCGCACGCUGUGGCAGCACAGCAUCAGGCGGCUCAGCAGCAACAGGCGGCUCAGCAGCAACAGCAAGCCGCGGUGCAACAGCAGGCGGCGGUGCAGCAGCAGCAGCAACAACAGGCGGUGGUGCAGCAGCAGCAGGCGGCGCAGCAGCAGGUCAAGCAACUGGAGGAACUGAAUCGGGCUGUGAUGCUCCAGCGCUUUCAGGCUGCCCGACAGCCUGGGAAUCCCGGUGCGGCAGCAGCGGCUGCGGCGGCCGCAGCCGUCGGCAUGAUGCCGCUCCCUGGGCACAUGCAGCUUAUGCAGCCGAUGCUGAGACCGGCCAUGGCCAUUGGACCCCAUGGAGCUCUCAUCGGCGGGAAUAUGCUUAGAGCCGGUGGCCCCGGAUUACACGGCAUGCCUGCAGGUCUACUGCCGAUGCAGAUAGGACUACCGGGAAUGCCGGGUGCCUUACCAGCAGGAGCGAUGGCGAUGCCUGGAAUGGGCGUAAUGCUGCAAGGACAUCCCAAUAUGCUGCAAAUGAUGCAGCCGCGCUUUAGAUGAUGUCUGCCCGCAGCGCCGGGUCUGUUGCAGGCGCCAGCAGCCCAGACGCCAACGCACCUGCAACCGCAGCCGCAUCCUCAGCACGUGCAGCCAGCCCGGUCCUUUUCCCGGACCACGGCCGCUCUGCAGGCUCAGGCACCACUGUUGAGCCUGCCGCUGCCACUGCUUUUCCAUGAGUGAGGCACGGAUCAAGCUUAUGAUUGCAAACAGCAAAACAGCGCGCACUCAGCAAGCAAGUUCUUUUAUAAAAUCCAACCAAAGUCAGUUUUUUUUCAAUGUAUAACAGUUUUUGAGACACGGUACCCUAAAAACACACAUACACACUUCUUGGCCACACGCUACCCACUAAUCAGCGGUUAUGCAUAGUAAACAAGUCGAUGUCAUUUAUAUAUAUAUAUUUCGUUCAUCUAAAGCACUCCAUUUUAGCUUUUGUUUUAAACCAAAUUCCCCAUUUUUCCCAAUCUGACCUUCUCGAUGUGCGUGCAUAAAUACAUCUUUUAGAUAUAUUAUUCGUACUCUUUGUAUAACACAAAGUAUUACAACGCUAAGCCACACACACACUAACACCAACCAUCUGAAGCUAUUUUGUUGUGCUGUAGAAAUCUAUCUAAUAUCUGUAUCUAUAUCUGUAUAAUCAGCAAAUUAAUCGUUGACACUUAACAUUUAACAUUCUUUUUCUUUUUUUUAGUUUCAUUUAGUGAGCAUAUAUUUUAAACACAUCCACACCCACACACUCUCAAGUUGUUUAAUUAUAUCGCCUACAAAACAAAUGAAAUCCGAAAAGAAAAAACCUUCGAAAUCACACAAAACCAAAUGCAAAACCAAAAAACAUGAACGCUCAAAGCCCUGGGUAUGUUGACAAUUGCCAUAAGCAGCAUUUUUGUGUUGUUUUUGUGUUAUUCGUGCGUAAUUAUACUUUCGAUUCUUUAUGUCCACGUGAAAAGCUCUGCAAACUGUUAUAAUGUUUUUAAAAUUCAUAAAACUUCUGGCCAGGCCCCAUGUUGUCUAGACCUUCGUUCAAUCGUUCAGUUGCGGCUGGCAAAAAGUAAGUCCUAUCUUUCCUUACCUAGUAUAUAUUCAACUAUAUACAAAAAUAUUUAUAAAAAUAUUCGAAAUUUGUUUGUAUCGUUUCUGAUUUUUUGGUAUGUAAAAUAUAUUUGGUGUGUGUCAUCGUGAGACAACAGAACAGAGCAGGUAUCUACAUUCAAUUUGAUUUUCUUAUUCAAUAGUUAUAUGUGCAUAAACAAAUACUAUCUAUCCUAAGUCAUUUGGUUAUGGUAUGGUUGGUACUAAUCAACAACAACUACAAUAAAACAAAACAUCCAUCCCCCUGUAAACCGCCUACAUAGUUUAUAGAGUUGCCCCUUGCUGAGAAUCUAGAUAGGAAUUGCUCACGUGUUAGUAACUACACUCGAUACUCGUACAUUGUUUCGGGAUAGAUCUUGAUGCUUUUGCUUAGUUGUUACCGUAGCGAUCUUCCAAUGUCCUUGGUUAUGUAGCUUCCUUCUCACGACUUCAACUAGUUUUCAAACUAACUAAACGUACAUAAUACUCUAGAACUUCAUCCUUUAUAGAGGCGCUCAGGUUUUUGUUAAUCCGAUGGUAAACCCAUACAAUUUUAGCUAGCAUAAGUAGUCGAUUGACAGUUAAAAAGUACUAGUCGUAUCCUUUUUAUUUUGUUAUGUUCAUGGAAGAUGGAAAGCAGCAUGAGUCAGAUUGUUUUCCAUUCCCCGAGAUCUUCGAAUACUCCGAACCCAGUGUAGCCUACAGUAGUUAGACUUAGCACCCAGAACCCUGGAGAGCACCACACGUGACACAAUCUAACACUCACCUACGUACGUUUGGGUAUAUCUUUAGUACACACAUGUAACACUUGUAACCCAACCAUUAUACUAUAUAUCUCUGUAUGUAUAAAUACAUGUAUUAAUGUAACUAUACCGCGUAACCUAACCA